AGUUAGAUCUGAAGACAAUGUUUGAAGAAUAUGCUGCAAAUUCUGAGAAACUGUUAAAAGUGGGUAGCACCCAGACCAAUGAAAGUUUUAACCACACUGUAGCCACCAAAAACCCAAAGACAAACUUUUACAGUGCAUCCGAGUCCACAUCAUUUAGAGCUGCUGCAGCUGUGGCUCAUAAAAACAUAGGUCUUCAAACAUUAACAAGGGUGUAUGAAAACUUGCUUCUUUCUCCUAGAAAGCACACCAAUUCUUACAUAAGUAAAGCUUCCAGGAAAAGAGAUUAUCAGAAGAUUGUGAAAAGCAGUGUGGAGUGUAAGAAAAGUAGAAGGGAACGCAAAUGUACAGCAAAUAAACAGGUAUCAUCUUCUGAGAUUAAGGAGGGGACAACAUACGAGUCGGCAAUAGAUCUGGCUGGCACUUUACAACCUGAUCACCUGCAGGAAAUACCAGACAGGACAUUGCCACCUGCUUCAUCUUCUUUAUCAAAUGAUGAGAAUACUUUUUUUAUUUUUUGAUCUAGAGACUACAGGUUUAGGUACCUCUGCAGAGAUUGUGCAGCUAGCCUGUGUUUCUGGUGACAACAUCUUUAACAGAUAUGUCCUACCAAGCUGUGCCAUCACAACAUCUGCAACAGCAGUAACAGGCCUUCAUGUUAUAGGAGGAGAACUUUUUUGCCACAAAG